CACCGUACGUAGUACGCGUAGUGCGCGUACUUCAAGCGACACAACCUCAGCCUGCUUGGAUAAAAGCAAAACGUUCAGAUGUUUGUACCUACAUCCGACCUAUGCUAUGCUAGCGUGAAUACAUAGCAUGUAUAUAGUUUUACGCUGCUGUGAUCACAGAACAGUCCGCGUUUUCUCAUUUUUAACAUUUAUUAUGACAGGAACAAAUCGUUUUUCAAAACGCCGAGAAAAAAAAGACAACACCGACGUCAUAUUUAGCAGCCGGAAGUAUCAUGACGCAUUCCUGACGUCUGGAGAAUGGCUGGGCUGCUGAAGAAGACGACCGGCUUGGUUGGCCUGGCAGUGUCUCAAAAUCCACAGGAGCGUCUCAGGAUCCUCUACACAAAGAUCCUGGCAUCCUUGCAGACCAUGCCGCAGGACGCUGCUUACAGGAAGUACACGGAGCAGCUGGUCAAUGAGCGCUUCAGCCACGUGAAAACGGAACCCGAUGUUGAGAAGCUUGAGAAGAAAAUUAACUGCGGUCAGAUUGAAGAGGUCAUUUUCCAGGCUGAGUGUGAGCUGGCGUUAUCGAGGAAGAUGUCCGAGUGGAAGCCGUGGGAGCCGCUGGUAGAGGAGCCGCCCCCCAACCAGUGGAAGUGGCCCAUCUGAGUCUGCGUGUGUAGUGUUCCUGUCAUACUGUCUGUGAAGGCAAAACCUGUGCUUUCAAUGAAGUACUACAUUAAAGUUUUGGAAAUAUUGCCUUUA